AUGCAUAAUACUUUUUAUCCGAUCUCACACUUCUUUUGUGAGGUCUUGUCAAUUUUGGACUUUUUAAAAUACACGAUGUCUUCCAAAAAUAAUUCGGAGGAAGAAGUUAAACCAUGCCCACCGACUCCGUCGCCCGAGGGAGAAGGAGUGCCUCAGACACCUUUGCCUUUAGCCGAUUGCGCCGAACCGUCGGCAAAUCCGGUGGUCUCGGAACCGGUGAUCCAUCACAGGACUCCCACAGUCACCAAGUGUCCCAACUGUGAGGUGGAGGUGGUCUCCAACGUGACGUACAGAAACGGCAUGUGCGUUUGGCUCUCCUGUGCAGGAUGUGCCGCGAUUGGUGGCAUAUUGGGCUGUUGUCUGAUCCCUUUCUACGUGAAAAGCUUCAAAGACGUGGAGCACUCCUGUCCACACUGCUACUACCGACUGGGCGUGUGCAAGGCCCUGUAA